AUGGAUAACAGUGCCGAUCGAGAUAUGGAGCUGGAAGGCAGCACGCUCGGACGCAAUUCUAGGGACGAUGGGAACACCAACAGGUCAAGGAGGCUACCAUCCCAGGCAUCAUCCGGUGGUUUCCUACUCGAGUCGGCGUAUCCUAUUAGCUCACGCCGAUCCGGCUCAGACAGCCACCGCGCCCAGCAAAGAAAUAGCCAUGACAGUAGGAGGAGUGGGAAACGCAAAACCGCCGGUGUUGUCGAUGAGAUAACGGUGUCUAAGAAACGGACAACACCUCUUCGUGCGAGACAGCACAAUCACCAGCAGGGGGAAACGCUGAAAACAUCUCCCUUGGCUGCUGUCACAAAUGCGUCUGCUUCUGAAGAACAGCACGAUAUACAGGAUAAUAAUACCUCUGGACAACAUACCUUUGCGCGAACAUCGAAUCCUCCUACCGGCGCCGGUCUAGAUACAGAUCCAGCUCAAAUCGUGAAUCUUGCGUUGAACCUCAGCGAAUCUCGGAGGAGAAGUAAUAUCGGACGUGCACCGUCGAAUUCCUUAUCGAAUGUCCGCCGAAAUGUCUCGAACAGCACGGGGCUCUUUGUACCACCUUCGGAUAUUCCCCAGAGGUCAGCAUCAGGUUUCAAAAGAAAUUCUAGACAUCCUAGUGCCGGCAUGCCGGAUGAAGCUUUUGUAAGAAAGGCUCACCCGACAAUUCCAUUACCGCAUGAUACACCAGCGAGCGACGUUUUUGCCUCGGGGCUUCUGCCGGACAGUGAGCAGUUUGAUAAAGAAAUGACAUGCUCUGAUGCAACGAUAGCCAGAGUUACAAAGGCUAAAGAACAUUUUGAGCUCUUUGCGCUAUAUUUGCAAUUGCUUUCUCAUGUGCCUCCUCUUCCGCACUCGGAUAUGAAAUCUCUCCAUGUCGCGAACCCCGGCAGAGCCUACAACCCCUUGCAAUCUAUUCGCAAUAGGAAGCUUCGGUUUAGAGAGAAGCGCCAGAUUGAUAUCGAGUCAGAGGGAUGGAAAGAUGUUGAGAAAGUAGAACAAUGGCUCGAUUCAAUCGAAAUGGUCCAUGGACACAACACUCGGGACCCUUAUCAAUGCCUGGAUUUACCACAGUUCAAUACCACGGCAGGUGGAAAUGUCCAGGGAGACAAAGAUGCCGCUAAUAACCCCGACUCGCGUCCAUCAAGCGUGAAAACGAACCCCACGGGCCCAAAGCUGCAGAGACCUCGUCUUGAGUGGGAGAUUUCGCCCGCAGAGCUUCUCGCCGAUGCUGCAUGGCUUGAGCACGAUCUUAACAAGGCUAAGGUUGUUAACAGCAACGGCGACAAGCUAUAUCCCGAUACCUCAAAACUCAAACCUGUCAGCCGCAAAAUUUCACAGCGCGAGCUGGUGUUAGAUACGAGCAUUGUUAAGGAGGAGAAAAAGCCUUUACCAAUCGGACACUCAGUGACCCUUCCACAUUUUGAAAAAAGUAGGCCCCAUAGCAACUCAGAUCGAAGCCACCGUGGACGAAAAUUGCGGAAUGCACUGCAUAUCCCUCAGAAUACCAACAGUCCUGACGGAACACAUGUGCCAAGGUGGACUCGCUCAAACAGCACCUCAAGCGAAUCGAGCGGCUUUGGAGUGAUGUCGCGUGGGAGGACUCGAAAGUCCAAAUGGGGAAAGAGACCCAAUCAUACACUUGAGAAGCCGGAGGGUACAUCUGGGGCACCAAGCCAACGAUCUGAAUCUUCCAAACCAAGUGCAACGGCCUCGGCACAGGCUGCAAUAUCCCAGACAGUGCUCGUCGACACUCAUGAUUACGCAGACAGAGGUCACGGUUUUAUUUCUCCUGCAGGAAGUACCGUUGGCAGAGAAGAUCGUCGAAUGUCCGUCGACGAUAUGGAUAGCACUGCCCCGAACUCUCCAAUUCACGGCCCGAUAUUCCCUAGUAUCACGGCUAAUCUAUCUCCACCGUCCAGUCGCUCGCCUUCUCCCCGAAAAAGUCUACCCCGUGUCAUUGGGUCUUUGAAUGAGCGGACAAGAAACAUUCGCCAAAACCUCUUGGAUCAAGGAGAGAGCAUUGACGCCGGUCUUUUGGACACAGAGUUCCAGAGCCGCAAAACCACAGCUACAGACUCUAGCCCCAAGGAUACUGAAAGUCCCAAGGCCUUAGAGCCAAGUCUAUUGCCCGAGCCCCGGUACAGCCAAGAUGAAGCGACAUUAGGCAACUUUCAAAGGUCAGAAAGUCAUGGGUUGUCGAAAUCUUCUACGAAUGGUGAAUCGAAGUUAAAGGGCUUCCUAAAGGGAAGUAGGAUUGCAGAGAUCGUCGGCAGUGAAGUUACAAAAGUUGGAGAUAGAAUACGGCGAAGGGAUGGAGGUGGCCAUUCGCGCCAAUCCUCUUAUGCUUCAAGUUUUAUAUCCGACUACCGGGAUUCUGAUGAUGAGAAAACCGACGGAGAAUCCAAGCCUGAGAAACAAAAGUUGUCGCGUCAGGAACCUACACUUUCCGAUUAUGAUCCAGUCAUCAUAUCAUCACAAAAGCAAAACGGGCGGAGGUCGUCGAAAUCUUCGAUCUCAAACAUGCCGGCGUUGGCGCCGCCUAUUCGAAUAGACAGCCGUGGCGAUCUCUCUGAUCUGGACAGUGUCUCUCGAGAUAGUGGGCGGCUUAGUAGCGUGCACUUUACGAGAGUUCACCCCAAUGAAGCACCGGCAUCUUCACCAGACAUCACGUCGUAUAGUGAGAGGCGAAACAGUUAUGGAUUUGGCACUGCUUUCAACGCUCUCGAGUCCAAUCGAGUCAGAAAGUUCCUCGGACGGGGCAAUGGCAUGACAAUUCAAACCACUCCUAGUAAACCCCCGGUGACAGGACUGGCGAGCGUGGAUCCGUCCGCUGCCAAACGCCCUCACGUAUUGUCGGCAGAAAGCCGUGCCUGGAGCCUGUCUGAUCGCAGUAUACCGAAGCUGAGUGAUUCGUCCACGAUCGAGAAGCGCGAGAUAUCGCGAUGCCAAGCUCUACUGCUGUCAUCAGGGAUUAAAGCGCGUGAAAUUGUCUGUCGAGCUCACGAGCCUCGUGACUUGCCGCCAGAUUUUCUCGUCCGCAGCCUGAUCGCCAGCGACGCUCCCAUCCCACGCAUACCCCGGAUCGAUGAGUUUAGCUACGCGGCUCGAAAUCUUCUCGAUCGCUUCGAAAACACCAAGGCCGGCUUAAACAGGUCCGUAUAUCGCUUCACCAAAUCUGGACUUGCCCCGCUGGCCAAGGAUGUCGAGCAUCUCGAGCAUCUAAUCAGCGAGUCCCUGACGCCACGGGUGCGCGCUGCAGCGCUGGAGGCAGAGUCAUUCAGCACCCAGUUGAACACAACCAGCACACUGGCCAUCAAACAGCUCAGUGACGCGCUCGACAAGGGACUACGGAAACGCAACCGACGAUUUCGAACGAUUCGUCGAGUCGGCUUUGUGUUGCUGGAAUGGGUCCUCGUUGGCGUAAUGUGGUGGGUUUGGCUGGUGGUGAUGGUUUUUAAGAUUUUUAGGGGUAUUGCGCAAGGUACGCUGGCAAGUAUUCGGUGGGUUUUGUGGAUUUGA